AUGGCAACCCGGGAGCUGGGACCCCACCUUCCGGCAGCCCCCUAUGUUGAACUUGGGGAAGUCUCCCUCAAGAGAAUCACAAGCCUCCUCCUUGGCCUCCUUGGCCAAGUUGAGCACCUCAAACGGAAGGUGGAAGAAGUCCAAGAAGCAGGGGUUGAGGCCCGUACCAACCUUGAGAACAUUUCUCAAACCGUUGAUACUGUCAAGGAUGGGCUUAGAAGCCUCCAACUCCAUGGGCCCCGGACCCCAGAAGACACAAAACCCCCGGCCGUGGAAGCAACGCCACGCCCCUUACCAAAGGGCAACCCUGUUGGAUCAACUAGUUGGGUCUCAUUCUGGCCUGAACCGUCUAAGGCACUCCCCGCCUUUGCCCAACCCACUCCUACCCAAGCAGUGCCCCCGCAAGUCCCAUUGUCGUACACCACGGUAAUGUGGGUACACGCUACACCUGCCCCUCCUCCACCGGCUCCAGUCCCCUCCUAUCCUAACCCGGUCAAAGUAGACCACCCAGACGCCUAUACAGGCAAGAUCGGGAGUGAAGCCAAACAAUGGCUCACAAGGAUGCUGGCAUGGACCCGGCUGAACUCAUGCAUGUUUCCCACGGACCAAGAAGUCCUGUCCUUCCUUCUAAUGAACAUGAAGGAUUCCGCAGGAGCAUGGGCCCAUCUGCACCUCAACCAGCUUGGGUCACACCAAGCAAUCAUUCAAACAGUCAAGGGAUUCAAAAUAGAGUUCUUGGCAGCAUUUGGUGACCCUGACGCCACAAGGGCUGCCAAGCGGAAGAUCACCACUCUUACCCAGUCCAGCACAUGCGCGGACUAUAUCACAAAGUUCAGGACCCUGGCAAUGGAACUGGACUGGAACAAUGCGGCCCUCAGAGGCCAGUUUGCCUGUGGCCUCCACUGGGAGGUCAGCCGUCAAAUUGCAACCCGCAAACACCGGUCCUGUACCCUCCUUGAGCUGCAAAACGCAGCACUUGUCAUUGACAACGCUCUCCGCAAAGAGCGCGCUAGCCACCCACCAAGGGACAAUAAGUCUAGCAAGCCAUCCAACCCCCCAAGGGGGACGAGUACCGGUCAAAUCACAUCCAGAUCAAAGAAACUCUCCAACAACCCCAACUUUGUAUUGGAAGAGGAACAAAAUCGCUGCUGCGCCGCUGGCGCCUGCAUCAAAUGCGGCAAAAUGGGCCACAAGUUCGCAGAAUGCCGCACGGGCUGGAAGGCUACCCCUAUCAAGGAUAAGGGGAAAGCCAAGGAAACUGCCAAGAUUGGCAAAGACUCCAAGUACCAAUUGGGAAAAGACAAUAGAAUCUCCCCUCUGUUCACUAUUCAAAUUCAGCCAGAAAAACAAGCAGAUAACUUAGAAGUCCUGAUAGACUCAGUCGCCACAUCCUCAUUCCUUCACCCACAUACCGCCAAGGCAUUACGCCUACCACUCAUAGACCUCCCCACUCCCCAAACCGUUACUAUGCUCGAUGGGUUGAGCCCCCAGGCUGGUAAAAUCUGGAAGAAGGCCAAUCUAACCUUCUCCUUUGAUGGCAAACAAAUGACCAAGACCUUCCUCAUUUGCAAUACGGGGUCUCACGCCGCCAUCUUGGGAUUGAAAUGGUUAGAUGCUCACAACCCAGAAAUUGAUUGGAACACGCGCACCCUCUCCUUCCCACAUACGCCACCAGAACACGUAACCAUUGCUGAAGAGGAAGAAGCUGACAAAAAUCCCCUUGAAGGAGUACCCUCCAAAUACCACCAAUAUGCCAAGGUAUUUGGAGAAGAAGAAUUCAAUAAGCUUCCACCUCAUAGACAUUACAACAUUGGGAUUGAGCUCACUGAGGAAGGACCCCUCAACUUGCCCCUCUACAGCAUGACGGACGCCAAAUCCGCCACACUCAAGGAUUGGCUCAGGGACAAAUUGAAAGCCGGGAAAAUCCGUCCCAGCAAAUCCUCUAUUAGCUCUCCCGUCAUGUUUGUCCCCAAGAAGGAUGGUUCCUGCCAAUUGGUUGUUGACUACCGUUGCUUAAAUAACCGGACUAAGAAAAACAUGUACCCUUUACCCCGUCCCAACAAUCUCAUGGCCCAGCUCCGUGGUGCCAAGGUCUUCACUAAACUGGAUCUGCGAUGGGGUUACAACAAUGUCCAGGUCAAAGAAGGUGAUGAAUGGAAAACAGCCUUUUGCACCAAGUAUGGCCUAUACAAGUCCCUGGUAAUGACUUUUGGUUUAACAAACGCCCCUGCCGCCUUUCAACACUUCAUGAACGAAUUGUUCAAAGACUUACUGGAUGUAUGCGUCAUCAUAUACCUAGAUGACAUCCUGAUUUACUCCAAGGAUGACGCAUCCCACACUCAGCACGUCCAUGAAGUUUUACGGCGCUUACUAGAAAAUCAACUGUUCUGUAAAGCCUCAAAAUGCACAUUCCACGUCACUUCCAUGGAAUACUUGGGAAUCAUUGUAUUGGAUAAGGGUUUCAGUCUGGAUAAACUCAAGAUCCAGGCAGUCCAAGAAUGGCCCACACCCACCAAGGUUAAGGAAGUACAAUCCUUCCUUGGGUUUGCCAAUUUCCUGCGCCAAUUUGUUGCCAAUUUUAGCCACAUAGCCAGGCCAUUGCACAACUUGGUAAAAAAGGAUACGCUAUGGAAAUGGGACACCAAGGAACAAGAGGCAUUCCAAGGAUUGAAAGACGCCAUCACCAGCGCCCCGGUUCUCUGUCACGCCAACCCAACCAAACCCUACUUCCUGGAAACAGAUGCCUCAGGAGCAGCACUAGGUUCCAUACUCAGCCAACGUCAGGAAGACGGCCGUCUCCAUCCGCUAGGCUUCCUAUCUGAGUCAUUCAAGGGGGCCGAGCAGAACUAUGACUGUCAUAAACAGAGGAAAAUAGAACUAGCCGGAAUUGAACCAGCUUGA